AUGGCCGACCAGUCCGAGUCGGAAAUAUCAAUCGAUCAAACCCUGGAAUCACCAAGCCAUGAAGAAAAGCUCGUUAUCGACCGAUGCAAGGACCUCGAAAUACACGAUUUGGGCGUGAACAUCUCAUCGAAAGGACUCGUCAGCUGGCGAGAUGACAGCCCCGACCAUCCUCGCAACUGGACACAUGCGCGGAAAUCCUACGAUAUUGUUGUCGUCGCCAUGCUGGAGUUCUUCACUGAGCACCACAGGCGUGAGCUCAAGAUCUCCCAUAAGAUGAAAAACUGGAUAGCGAGACUGACACACCCUCGCCAGCCAUCAGCAGCCGACCAAGCCCGGACGGAAUCUGGUAUGAGCCACCUCAAGGCCCUCGUAGCCUUCAGCUUAAUGUACCAGCUCGGCCAGGCCCUUGGAGGGCUGAUCGUCCCACCCUGCUCCGAGACCUUCGGCAGACGCAUGCCUUAUAUCAUCUCCGGUGCGACGUUCGCUCUCUGCUGUUUGUUGAUCGGCAUCGUUCCGUCCAUGGCAAUGGUGUACGUUGGUCGAUUCGUCAGCGGGUUUGCUUCUGCGGUGCCUUCGGUCGUCCUCGCUGGCUCUGUUGAGGAUCUGUUCAAUGCGAGGUCAAGGGUCUGGUUAGUGCUGCUGUGGAACUCGCUCGCGACGGCGGGUCUGGUCGUUGGGCCGGUGUUUGGGGUUUAUGUUUCUUUGGGCUUGGGGUGGUAUGUAGUGAUACUGAGGAUCCUUCACAAGAUCAGGCUGACCAUGCUUCGCAGGCGGUGGAUAUACUACAUCUCAGCCAUUGUCACAGCAGCCUUGACAGUAGCAACUCUCUUCAUUCGUGAAAGUCGACCAAGCCUGAUCCUCGCGAGCAAAGUGGCAGCCCUUCGCAAGCAAUUCGAUUCCGAUCUCAGCUUCGAUAACCACGAUGCGGUGGCCGACCACUCCGAACUACUCAACAUCAUCCUCAUCCGACCAGCCAGCCUUCUGGUGACGGAACCACUCGUCAUCCUCGUAACGACUUUGUCGGCGAUCUCCUGGGCCAUCAUCUAUCUCUUCACUGAAGCUCUGACUGGGAUUUACAGAACCAUUGGCUUCUCCCGCACAUCUGCAUCUCUUCCCUUCCUAGCAAUUGGACUUGGCGUAUUACUCAGCAUCUUUCCCCGCUUUCAAGACAUGAAGGUGGCUCGAAGGCGAAAGCUACGCGGCGAGCCACUCGAGCCAGAAGACAAGCUCUCCGGGUUCAUUCUCGCAGUGGUAGCGCUGGCGAUAGGACUCUGGUGGUUCGCCUGGACCAUCCCACCUCUCGUCACAUCCAUCCCAUGGAUCGUGCCAACCAUCGGCCUGGUCUUCGUCGGCUUCGCCGUUAACGAGAUGGCGUAUACGCUGAGCAGCUACCUAGCAGACUCGUACACCGUCUACGCAGCAUCGGCUUUCGCAGCGCUUGCUUUCGUGCGAGCCAUCAUCUCCGGUCUGAUGCCUCUUAUUGCAUACGCAAUGUACGAAAACAUGUCCGCGAAUCUCGCGACCACGAUUAUAGCGAGUGUGGCGACUCUGUUCGGUGUGGCACCGUACAUUUUGCUGAAGUAUAGUAAGAAUCUGCGGAGGAUCAGUAGAUUUACAAAGUAUAGCCUGGAGGUGCAUGAGAGGACUCGAAUAGAGGCGGAUUGA